AAACAAAUGGAACUUUAUUUGCAAAAAGGAGUCUAAAAGGUAGCUGAAAGCAGACUAGCCUCCUGCCUAACUAACCCUACUCUCCAGAAAAAGAAGGAUCACCAAAGCCUCUGUUUUCCCAAGCAAUUUUUGGAAUAGCAUGUUUUGAGUAUUGAUAAUGGGAAGGUGAUAAAAGAGAGACAUAGGAUACAUCUGUUUUUGAAAAGCUGUUGUUUUAUUUAGGGAUACCAAGGUUGUGGUUUUCAUAUUGCAAGGUAUUAUUACAAUUUGGAUAUCUUUCUGUUGUGACUAUCUGUUGACUGUUGGCAUCCAGUGAUGGUUAAGAGCACUUCAGGCAAGUGGUCUCAGAGCUCUGGAUCUGAUGGGACUGUCUGACCUGAGAUGUGUAUGUAUUCUUAAUCUGUUUCAUCUCUUGAACUAGUUUGGUUGAACUUGUUUAAGGUCAUUUCAACCUUGAGUAUGAAGUUGUGGCACUUUCAGAUGUAUGUAUUUAACAUGCUCUUGUUUACCUUUAAUGUCUGAGAUCAGAGCUUCAUCUACAACGGUAAUGGGAGGAGCGCUGCAUCCUAGAUCUGGAGAUGACCUUGAGACCCAGGUCUGUCACAGACAAGCUGAUCACCCUUAGGCCAGUUGCUUCACCUCAGUUGCUAAUCUGUAAAAUGAGAAGAGUUUAGAUGAGGCAAUCCUUUGGUUCUCUCAGUGAUUCACAGUGCUACAUUUUGGAGUCACAAUGUUCAUGCCCCUUUAAUUGAGACGAUAUUUAAAGACUUGAUAGUUAACUUCCCUUUUAACCAGACGUGGAUUCAGUACAGAAAAUUUUUGUUCCCACGAACUGAACCACCUAAUACUGAAAAACGGAACACAUAUUUUUUUUAAAAAAAGAGAUCUUGGUUGAUUGUUGUCAUAUGUGUAAAGUGGCUGCCACCAAAACAGUGCACCUUUCAGGAACAUUAAUUUAAAAAUAAUACCCAGGGCACAUCUGGCUGGCUCAGUAGGUGGAACAUGUGACUCUUGAUCUCUGGGUCAUGAGUUCAAGCCCCACGUUGGGCAUAGAGAUUACUUUAAAAAAAAUAAUAAAAUUUUAGGGAUGUCUGGGUGGCCCAGUCAGUUAAGUACCCAACUCUUGAUUUUGGCUCAGGUCAUGAUCUCAGGGUCGUGGGAUCAAGCCCCGCAUUGGGCCCUCCACCCGGCGCGGCACCUGCUUGGGAUUCUCUCUCUCCCUUCCCCCACUCCCCACAUUCUCUUUCUCUCUAAAAAUAAUAAAAAAAUAAUAAAAUUUUUAAGAAAAUAUCUAGAACUAGAGAAGUGUUGUCCCACUUGACCUUGUGAUUGUGUCACAUCUGGAAUAAGUUUAUUCGGGGCACCAGAGAGACUGACAGACUGGAGCCCAUCCACUGGAGAUUGGCUCCUGUGAUAACAGAAGUAAUGGUGGGAAGAACUGAGCGUGCUUAACUUGGAGAAGGGGGAAGACUUGGGAGGGAAGGAGGAAGGGUCUUAAAAAUGUGAAAGGCUGUUCUGUGGCUAGGGAAUUCGAUUUCUGUAGCUGAACUGAGAACUGUGGGCUUGUGAACAGAGCUGUCCAGUGUGGAACAAGCUGCCUGGCAGGGUUUGUGCUCCACUCACUUGAGGUGAUCAGGCAGAGAAAGAGUCUUAGAUUAUGAGCAGGGCUACUUGUGGAAGGGAUUCACACAUUGUUUAUAGACUGUGGCCAAAAGUAUUCCUAUGACCAAGCAUUGCUUUACUGGAUGCUAUAUUUAGGUAAAUGUACUCAUUUUGCCUUUCAUAAAUAACAAGUCUACUUACCAAAAAAAAAAAAAAAUAGUAUAAAAACUUACGGAAUUUAAUCAUUGAUUUGGGGAAAACUUGAAGAAAAUCAAAGUGUCUUUUUCUGGAGACAGUUUUGUAUUUGACACAAUUAACUCUAUUGGGAUUUUUUUAUUAUUAGAGAAUAGUAAAAGUCAGUGCAGUUAGUAGAUAAGUAUAGAAGAAAACAGAAGUUGGUUACAUUUUCUGCCGGCUUCUUGUCUUUAUUAACAGUGUUCUAAUAUGAUUAACCUAAGCAAAAUAAUUGGUGUUCAUUAUUCAGAUUUGGCUUUUGGUACAUGUGUGUCUUCAUUUGCAAAGUAGUUUUCCUAACCCUCCUGGGCUUUCCAAAUAAGCCCCCCUUUUGAGCCUCAACCCUACUGCACGUUUUCCAUUACUUGAGAGAAAGGAGUCUGAACUUUCUUUUCUUACCACUGUCGUGCUGCACAGUUUUAUCUGCUAAUCCAGAAGAGUAUUCUGCCUCUGGAUUGUCAGUUACUUGUUCUGUGGUAUUUGGGAUUGAGAAAGAGAGGAGACAAUUAGCGCUGCCUUUCUGUGGAGAGCCUGUGGCAUCUGCAAGGUCUUUUACCCGAGCUUAUAGGAAAUUGAAAGAUUAGCUGCUUCUGUUUAGGACUGUGGUGGUGGUUGUUGGCUGCUGCUGUUGUUUUUUAAAGAUUGAGUAGGAUGCUUCCAGAUCAAAUGUAGGCGCUGGGCUCUGAACUUGCUCACUCAUUGGAGGGUUCUAGAAAGGCUUUACGGGUUUAUUUUUCAAAAUGCAAACAUAUAAACCUCUUUACAACUGGUUUAGUUUAAAUGUAGGACUUAGUAACACCCUUAAAAAACAAAUAAGGUAUCUCUGGUCACUGCUUCUGAUCCCAGAAUAGUCAGGAAAGAUAAGCACUUACUGAUUAUAAAAAGAAACAGUGUUUUACAAUGACCACCGUUUUACUCCGUGAUAUUGACAGGUAUUAAAUAUGUUGCUGAGCCGGUGGUAGGAGGAAAAGUGAGCACAUAAGUAAGGAAAUGUUUUCUUUCUGCCUAGUUUUUAUUUUAAUGGAUCCUAAAUGUUUCCACAGAGACAUCACAAAAUCUGUUUUAAAAAAAAAAAAGUACCAUCAUGGAUAGCAUGAAGAUUUAGGAGAAUCUUCUUAAAAUGUCUGUGCCUCUUAAAAAACAAAACAGUACUUUUUAGUUAGUGGUUUAAAGAAACUUCAAAUAUAUCUGACCCUUACACCCCAGUGCAGGCUUAUAAGGUCUUUAUAGAACUACUUGCAUCUGCAUGACAUUAGAAUACUUUGUUUUCUUGAUUUAAUAUCAAGGAUCUGAAUUUCUUCUUACAUAUAAAUUUGUAUUUAUGAUGUUACCAAAAAUGAAACUGUCUGUAUUGUAGUAGUUUGAAUGUCUUCCCAAUUUUUUUUAACAUAGAAAAUACAACUGCUCUUUUUCUUCACUGGUAAUGGCAUUAUUUCCAGCCUUUGAUCCCUCCCCCCAUCCCCAGUAAAAGAUUUUCUCAGAUGUGUGUUUUUCUUUACAGCUUAAUGUAGAAAUGUUUAAAAGACAACACCAAAGUAUAAACUGUAUUCUAAUCCUUAGGCUUACUGUGGGCUUCUGACAACCAUACUCUGAUCAGACUGUAAUUUUACUUAGGGGAGAUUUUCAGUAAACUUUUGGAAUUCUGCUAUAGCCAUCAAACUUCCUGCUUUGGUUGAUUGUCCACUAGGUCCCAAUUCUACAUUUCAGACGACUGUCCCCUUGGCAUAAAUUUGCGUUAGAAGCUUAGUUAGACAAGUAACUAUUUCAAGGAGAUACUUAGGAACUGAGAACUUUUCCUUCUUCCUCUUUCCAUUUCAACCUCUGAGCCCCUCCACUUUUUAUCUUUUUUAUAAUUCAGCUAAGAUUUGUUUAGAAACAAGGGUUUCCUCUUUAAAAGGGGAGUGGGAGAGUGUUGAAAACCACUGGACUGGUUUAGACUAAGCAGCUUAUGUUUAGGUGUUACUGGGAAGAAGUAACCAUUCCUGUCUAGCUCUCAAUGCAGUGUAAGAUUUCUUAUGAAAAUUGUAAAUUUGUAUUCACUGAUAUAACUGAUGCAUUAGUUGUCACUCUGGUAUACGUUCAGAUUUCAGUUCCCAGAUAUGAGAAAGUUGCAGUUAUACUUGCAGGUGAUGGAAAUUAGGGCAUGCUAUCAUAUUUACUUCUGUACUUGUUAGCAUGUUAAAUUAGUACCGUAUGUUCUUAUUAAGAACUUGGGAAACCCAAGAAUGCACAUAAAAAUAUGAAGAAUUAUAUCCUGGAAGAUGCCAUGUUACAUCCACACUUGCAGUAGCUUAAAAUAUAAUCUGGAAAAGUUUGAUCUGGAGGCUUUUUUUUCUCCUGGCUUGUUUGAUUAACUGUGCCAGGUCAAAGGUUUAAGGUUAGGUUUUAUGGGGUUUUUUGUUUUUUUGAUUUAACUUUCUGUGGGCACAGUUACAAAUGUUUUUCUACUUUCUUUCUGCCCCUAAAAACAGGGACUAAAUGAUGUCAUCCUUGAUCCCUUUGCAAGGGACCUUAUCAUAUACAUAGACAAACUUCACUGUUGGUACAUCAGGUCCUGCAAACCUUGCCUUGAGCCGUCUAAACUAGAACCGUCUGCUCUAGGGUUCCCCUCUGUCUUCCUGACCCAGAAGAGCCUCAGUACAACACCUGACUUGAUCCAAGCCUUUUGGCAGAGCUGUUGUUUCAUAAAUGAUUAUAAUUAUGUUCCUCAGAUAAUGACUUCUUUGCUUAAAUGAAGUUCACUGUCAUUGAGGUGCUGCUAUCCUUUGCCUGUACAGGUUCAGCCUAUAGAUAUUUCCUCAUAAGACAGACUCAUCCUGCCUCAUUUCUCUUCGUAUGUGGAGUAAAGGAGUAUUUUUGGUUUUGGAAUUUGGAGGGGAAAGAGAAACCUGUGUUUGAUCAGUCUUCUGUAUGUGUUUUCAGUUCAUCUCUAGCCUGGGGCUACAGAUCUCAGAUUUUCAUUUCUGCCAUCUGACUCUUGCUCUUUCUAAGACAGCAAAUGAGUAGCAGUUUGGCCAGGAUUAUUAGUAAAAUUUUAAUGUUUUGGACCCUGUCAGUAGGUGUGGGUAUAAUUCGCAAAGAUCAAUAGGAAGGAAUGUGGCUGAAUCAUUCAGCAGUGAAUUUAAAUCAUUCUCAAAAACUGGUAUUUUUAAGUCUAGUUCAUCAGAUGGCAUAUGCUUACCCAAAUGCUACUUAUUUUCAGUUAAUAAAAUACUUGCAAAUGUUAACUCUAUUAUUAAUAGGUCAUUGAGCUUUCCCCCAAAUCUUUUAACGGUUCUUUUUUUAUUAUUUUUGAGUGGGGGAGGGGCAGAGGGUGAGGUUGAGAAUCUUGAGCAUUCUCCACGCCAAGUGCAGAGCCCGACACUUAACCGACUGAGCCACCCAGGCGCCCCCUUUCUAAUAUUCUAAAAGAUUUAGGGGAGGGGCAUCUGGGUGGUUUAGUCUGUUAAGCAUCCAACUCUUGAUUUAGGCUCGGGUCAUGAUCUUGGGGUUGUGGGAUCAGGCUCCAUGUCGGUCUCUGCACUGUGCAUGAGCCUGCUUGGGAUUCUCUCUCUUCCUCUGCCCGUCCACCUAUACCGAUCUGCCGGUCUCCUUCCCCCUGUCUCUAAAAAAAGGCUGGGGGUGGGGGGGGGUUGACUGUUCAUACAGUGUUUUUGUUUUUGAUUAAUGAAACCAGGGGCCAAAGCAUCUUUCAAAGAACUGUGUCUUCCUAACAAACUGUUAUUCUUCUACUAGACCUGAUUUACAAGUGUAAUUACUUAGCAUAAAGUUCUCCAUCUUUUCUCGUGUUCACUUCCUCUUCUGUGUCCCACUGCCCAGUGGGUCUACUAAGACUUUUGGGUGCAAGGAACAUGAACCAAAGUUUAAGCAAAAGUGGUCAUGUACUUGGCUCUUGUUUAGGAAAAGUCUUUGGAAGGGGCUGUCAGGCACAGCUGGAUUGAGGACUUCAAGUGUUAUUGAAUAGGAGUCUUUCCCCUCCCUCUGCUUUCUCCAUGAGGUAGCAGGUCCUGAGUCCUUUUCAGCAUCACUGUCAACCUUGUUUGGGGCACACACCCAGUUCUUCCGGUCAGUGUCUGUAGAGGUAGAAUACUCUGAUGGGUGGACCUGACUCAUGUACACUCUGCUGUAAUGGAGGAAGGGCCACCUAACAGCACAUCAUUUGCACCAGGGGUCGCUCCAAGAAGCAGUUUGGCAGCAGAAACAGCCGUCUUCUUUACUCCAGUGCACAGGUGCCUGCCAUGUGCUCUAGGUCCCGUCCCUUAGACAUGAUGGACUGUUGCAGGGAAGAACUGUGUCCUGUUCAUCUCUCUAUUCCCAGCACAUUGACAGAGUAUAGGUUCUGAAAAAAUGACUGAUAAACAGGUGAACCGUGGUUCCAUUCUGUUAAACUGGAUAUUUUCCCCUUUUUUGUUACGAGCUGAAAGGUUUAUGGUUUGACUGAAGGAGCUCUCCUUGGUGUUGGGAUAAUGGUGCUGACCUGGUGAAAAUGGCCGUUCUGACAGGCAAGGAGCCUCAAGAGAAAGGACUAGCCACCUGGGGACAAAUCUGGAGAGAAAGCCCAUCUCUAGACAGUUUUUGACCUUAUUGUAAGGCAUCUUGCUUCCUAAGAGUAAUUAUUGUCAAUAUUUUGUUUUUAGCUCUCUCUCUGUUCAAAAGUGAGGAAUCAGCCCUUAAUCUCAGACAGUUGAUUUCCUGUUUACUCUGUUCAUGCCCCUCAGUCACUUUUAUGGUAUGGACCCCUUGUCCAGGUUUCUAAACAGGACUUUUGAGUGGUGCAGAGGAGGCCAGGAGUAAUUCUUGUAAAAGUUUUCAAGUAUGAAUCAAAGAGAUAACAUUGAUGAACCCUGAAGCCAGCUGUUGAUUUGAAGUUGUUUCCUUAAAAAAAAAAAGAAAGAAAGAAAAGCUUUUAUUUGACAGAGUGGGAACACAAGGAGGCGGAGGGGAACAGGAGAGGGAGAAGCAGGCUCCCUAAGGGAGCCCGAUGUGGGCCUUGAUCCUAGGACCCUGAGAUCCUGAGCAGAAGGCAGAUGCUUAACUGACUGAGCCACCCAGGUACCCUUUGAAGUUCUUUCUUAACAGCAAGCAAGAGGCUGGGGAAAACAACAUAGAGUCCUUGAGUUCUUUAUCUUGUCACCCAUAAUAAUCCUAACAUUCACAGAGUUUGUUGGAGAUGUUCUUUGAAGGAAUCUUUGGUUUGUUGCAGAAAAGCUUGACGUAACAGUGGCCCCUUCCAGAAGGGGAGCUCCGUGGCUGGAGGAUAGGAGUAGGAGGGAUCCUUCUUUGCUUAUAUUUUUACACUGUAUGCCUGUUUAUAAAGAAUGUUUAACUUAAACAAGGGUCUUUGUAAAUGCUUUUGAUGAUGCUAACACAUAUGAAUGAAUGUGUUAUUCUAGCUCCAGAUGGACGAAAUCUUAAGUGACCUCCAUAAGCAAAUACAUAGAGGGUACCUCCAUCUGGGGAAGAGGGCAGAUAGAAUUCCCCCAGAUCCAUUAACAAUGCCACUAAUCUUAGAGUAUUCUACAUCUUUCAGUGUAAACUUUAGGUUCCCUCCUAGUUGCUAAUCAUAAAAAAAAAAAAAAAAAUUACAUUUUUGUACAACAUUUUCUGGUAAGCAGUGUUCACUAUUUAUAUGCCUAUUUAAUUCAGCCUAAGUAAACUUGAGAUUUACUCCAUGGCUGAAAUACCCACAUUUUAUAAAUUACAAGUUUCUUGUAACUAAGCUCCUUUAUGAGCAUACUCACAUUUUCAGAACUGUAGAUGUAUAAAUUGGGUACCUACCAUGCAGUGAGGUGCUUCAGUUGGAGGUCUUAAAACCACUUGGUUAGCUCUGGGUGGUGGGCACUUAGAAUGCCCGAUGUAUUGUCCAUAGGAGAAUGAGUUUUCCUUUAUCCCCGGCUGCAAUUUAAUUCCCUGGGUGUUUUCUGUAUAGACUAGUGACUUCAUGGUGGUGACAUUUCCAAAUCAUUGUGUAUUUGUUUUUGCUGAGAUGUUGAGCUGCGUAUAAGCAGGAGGCGGGGGAAAGCAGUAAUGGCUGUCUUCUGGGCUUAUCUCUCCUCUGAAGUGAAGCAGGACUGACUUGGGAAGUUCCAAAAGAACUGCUGAAUUUGGGCCCACAGAGAGUUUAUGAAAUGAAUAGAGAAACAAGCUGUCUCUUCUCAGGCUGGGGCAUUUGUGGGCAUCUGUUUUGAUGCCCGGUCUCUUCACAGUUAGCCUGUAACAUUUUCAGUAUUUCUGAAACAUUGCUGUCAGGUAGUUCUCUCUAACUGACGUGGUUGUGGGAACAGUUUUAUUAAGCAACUGAUUUAAAACUUUCAGAAAGAUGGUUUAAACAGUUUAGCAAUAUAAUUUCCACAAGGAAUAAUGGAUUUGGCUUUGAAUGCACAUUAAUUAGUAACCAAAGUGACUUCUGAGUCCGCUUAUUAAGUCAUAUGCAGAUUGUUGGAUGGCAGAGUAUAUAGAGGACACAUAGUCGUGCUUAGCUGCUGAGGAUGGGAAGGCUGAUCCGUGUUUUUUAGUGAAAUGCAUUCUUUCUUGGCCUCAAUUAUACUUCAUACUUCAUGUAGAAUAUUUUGAAACUUCUAAGUUCUGAUGACAUAGCCAAAUUCAGAAUUUGUAGGAGUUGUUUGUUUUGGUAGGCUUCACUCUUCCAUUUUUCAUAGUUAAUAUUGAUUUUUGGAUUAGAAUAAUAAAGGAGGUAACAUGAUGCUGUGUUACAUUUAGAUUAGUUGAUUAUGGUUGUACUUACAAAUGGUAGCGGUAUUAUAGAGUAACAGCCUUUAUUAGAACACCAGAUUUGUGUGUAUUAAACUUUAAUUCCUAUUGCUUUGGCUUUUGGGUUUUUGCCUCUGGUUUUGGUUUUUGGAACUAUUUUAUAUUCUAUGAAAUUUAUUUGGAUUAUUACAUUGAUAAAUUCUUACCGUAUUUUAUAGGAUACAUUUAUGGUCACAUGGAAGCCAUACAAAUACUAAUUUUAUUUUAACUUUUGUUUUUUAAGGAACUUGGGGAAGUGGAUCUAAAUUUGUGCUUUAAUGUAUUAGGUCAUUUAAAUAAUUUUUCAGUUCGUUCACACAUACAUAUAAGCUUUUCAUUUUUCAAGAGGAGCCCCUAAAGUCUGUAACACAGUUAUCAUCUGCCCUGAUGCUGAGUGCCUUUGUCCAGGUGUGGUGCUGGCUGGGGGGGCGAGGUACACAACCAGGAGUGUCUUUAGUUUGGAUAGUAUUUGGAAACACUGAAGGAUAUUUCUUUAAGAUCAUCACAGUAAUGUGCAGGACAGUUCCCAGAAAACAAAAACUUCUUUUCCCUGGCACUCAAAAUUUUGUGAUAAUGAUGCUGAAAUGGUGAACAUUUUUCUAUUUUCAGAGGUUCAACAACACAAGGAGAAAAGCACUCACACUCGAUUUUAAGAUAAUCGAAACUAUGUUCCAACUUCCUGUCAACAAUCUUGGCAGUUUAAGAAAAGCCCGGAAAACUGUGAAAAAAAUACUUAGUGACAUUGGGUUGGAAUACUGUAAAGAACACAUAGAAGAUUUUAAACAGUUUGAACCUAAUGACUUUUAUUUGAAAAACACUACAUGGGAGGAUGUAGGACUGUGGGACCCUUCACUUACAAAAAAUCAGGACUACCGGACGAAACCUUUUUGCUGCAGUGCUUGUCCAUUUUCUUCAAAAUUCUUCUCUGCCUACAAAAGUCAUUUCCGGAAUGUCCAUAGUGAAGACUUUGAAAAUAGGAUUCUCCUUAAUUGCCCCUACUGUACCUUCAAUGCAGACAAAAAGACUUUGGAAACACACAUUAAAAUAUUUCAUGCUCCAAAUGCCAGCGCACCAAGUAGCAGCCUCAGCACUUUCAAAGAUAAAAGCAAAAAUGAUGGCCUUAAACCUAAGCAGGCUGACAGUGUAGAACAAGCUGUUUAUUACUGUAAGAAGUGCACUUACCGAGAUCCUCUUUAUGAAAUCGUUAGGAAGCACAUUUACAGGGAACAUUUUCAGCACGUGGCAGCGCCUUACAUAGCAAAGGCAGGUGAGAAGUCACUCAACGGUGCAGUCCCUUUAGGUUCAAAUGCCCGGGAAGAGAGUAGUAUUCACUGCAAGAGAUGCCUUUUCAUGCCAAAGUCCUACGAAGCUUUGGUACAACACGUCAUCGAAGACCAUGAACGCAUAGGCUAUCAGGUCACUGCCAUGAUUGGGCACACAAAUGUGGUGGUUCCCCGAUCCAAACCCUUGAUGCUAAUUGCUCCCAAACCUCAAGAGAAGAAGGGCAUGGGACUCCAGUCAAGAAUUGGUUCCCUUGCUUCUGGAAAUGUCCGGUCUUUGCCAUCACAGCAGAUGGUAAAUCGACUCUCAAUACCAAAGCCUAACUUAAAUUCUACAGGAGUCAACAUGAUGUCCAAUGUUCACCUACAGCAAAAUAACUAUGGAGUCAAAUCUGUAGGCCAGGGCUAUGGCGUUGGUCAGUCAAUGAGACUGGGUCUAGGUGGCAACGCACCAGUUUCCAUCCCUCAACAGUCUCAGUCUGUGAAGCAGUUACUUCCAAGUGGAAAUGGAAGAUCUUACGGGCUUGGGUCAGAGCAGAGGUCCCAGGCACCAGCAAGAUACUCCCUGCAGGCUGCUAAUGCUUCUUCUCUCUCAGCAGGCCAGCUAAAGUCUCCCUCCCUCUCCCAGUCACAGGCAUCCAGAGUAUUAGGUCAGUCCAGUUCCAAACCUCCUGCAGCUGCCACGGGCCCUCCCCCAGCCAAUACUUCCUCAACUCAAAAGUGGAAAAUAUGUACAAUCUGUAAUGAGCUUUUUCCUGAAAAUGUGUAUAGUGUGCACUUCGAAAAAGAACAUAAAGCUGAGAAAGUCCCAGCAGUAGCCAACUACAUUAUGAAAAUACACAAUUUUACUAGCAAAUGCCUCUACUGUAAUCGCUAUUUGCCCACAGAUACCCUGCUCAACCAUAUGUUAAUUCAUGGUCUGUCUUGUCCAUAUUGCCGUUCAACUUUCAACGAUGUGGAGAAGAUGGCGGCACACAUGCGGAUGGUUCACAUUGAUGAAGAGAUGGGACCUAAAACAGAUUCCACUUUGAGUUUUGAUUUGACAUUGCAGCAGGGUAGUCACACUAAUAUCCAUCUCCUGGUAACCACAUACAACCUGAGGGAUGCCCCGGCUGAAUCUGUUGCUUACCAUGCCCAAAAUAACCCUCCAGUCCCUCCAAAGCCACAGCCAAAAGUUCAGGAAAAGGCAGAUAUCCCUGUUAAAAGUUCACCUCAAGCUGCAGUGCCCUAUAAAAAAGAUGUUGGGAAAACCCUUUGCCCUCUUUGCUUUUCAAUCCUAAAAGGACCCAUAUCUGAUGCACUUGCACAUCACCUACGAGAGAGGCACCAAGUUAUUCAGACGGUUCAUCCCGUGGAAAAAAAGCUCACCUACAAAUGCAUCCAUUGCCUUGGUGUGUACACCAGCAACAUGACCGCCUCGACUAUCACUCUGCAUCUCGUUCACUGCAGGGGUGUUGGAAAGACCCAGAAUGGCCAGGAUAAGACAAAUGCACCCUCUCGGCUUAAUCAGUCACCGGGCCUGGCACCUGUCAAGCGCACUUACGAGCAAGUGGAAUUUCCCUUGCUGAAAAAGCGAAAGUUAGACGAUGAUAGCGAUUCGCCCAGCUUCUUUGAAGAGAAGCCUGAGGAGCCUGUUGUUUUAGCUUUAGACCCCAAGGGUCAUGAAGAUGAUUCCUAUGAAGCCAGGAAAAGCUUCCUAACGAAGUAUUUUAACAAACAGCCCUAUCCCACCAGGAGAGAAAUUGAGAAGCUGGCCGCCAGUUUGUGGUUGUGGAAGAGUGACAUUGCUUCCCAUUUUAGUAACAAGAGGAAGAAGUGUGUCCGAGACUGUGAAAAGUACAAGCCUGGUGUGUUACUGGGCUUCAACAUGAAAGAACUAAACAAAGUGAAGCACGAGAUGGAUUUUGAUGCUGAGUGGCUGUUUGAGAAUCAUGACGAGAAGGAUUCCAGAGUCAAUGCUAGUAAAACUGCUGACAAAAAGCUCAGCCUUGGGAAGGAGGAGGACAGCUCCUCAGACAGUUUUGAAAAUUUGGAGGAAGAAUCCAAUGGAAGUGGUAGCCCUUUUGACCCUGUGUUUGAAGUUGAGCCUAAAAUCUCUAACGAUAACCCAGAGGAACACAUACCGAAGGUCAUUUCUGAGGAUGCUUUAGAAUCUGAGGAGAAGCUAGACCAAAAAGAGGAGGAUGGUUCAAAAUAUGAAACUAUUCAUUUGACUGAGGAACCAGCCAAACUGAUGCAUGAUGCUUCUGACAGUGAGGUUGACCAGGAUGAUGUUGUUGAGUGGAAAGAUGGUGCUUCUCCAUCUGAGAGUGGCCCUGGUUCCCAACAAGUGUCAGACUUUGAGGACAACACAUGUGAAAUGAAAGCAGGAACCUGGUCUGAUGAGUCUUCCCAGAGUGAAGAUGCAAGAAGCAGUAAGCCAGCUGCCAAAAAAAAGGCUACCAUGCAAGGUGACAGAGAGCAGUUGAAAUGGAAGAAUAGUUCCUAUGGAAAAGUUGAAGGGUUUUGGUCCAAGGACCAGUCACAGUGGAAGAACGCAUCUGAAAAUGAUGAGCGCUUAUCUAACCCACAGAUUGAGUGGCAGAAUAGCACAAUUGACAGUGAGGAUGGGGAGCAGUUUGACAACAUGACUGAUGGGGUUGCUGAGCCAAUGCAUGGCAGCCUAACCGGAGUGAAACUGAGCAGCCAGCAGGCCUAAGUACCAGGUUCUCAGGCAUCGGUGACCUGCUGCAGCCUGGAGCUCUGCUCUCCUUUCGGUAGGACUGCAAAGCUGUAUUCUGGCUGGUACUGCCUUUUGAGUGCUGGGUCAUCAGGCUGUAGGGAUACAUGGCCACUGCUAAUCCCAGUGGUUAUUUCUAAGUCUGUGACACACGAUUGGCUGAUCUUGCUUCAGAACUUGCUGUGACAGACACAGUGAAUAAAUGUGAACAACCAAUAAGCUGGUGGCUCACGAACGCACAUGAGGAAAAGCAGAGGUUUAUUUUAUCUGCCUUCUCGACAUUUCUUUCCCUCUGUAAAAUGUUUGGUUGGAUGUUCUUGGGAAGCGUUACCCUGAUUCACACGGUAGUGUAGGGCCAACAUUCAAGCUACCAGUCCAAUGUGUACAGUAGACUUUGGGGAAAAUCAAUUUUUUUUCAUGUAUUCAUUCUGAAUAGUUGAAAUGUAUAUUUGUACAGUCUUUUAGACCUAUUCAAGUGAUGCCUAUGAUAUUGUUAUUGUGUACCCAUCCUAGAUUUGUUUCUUUUUUUAGUGUUGCCCUUGCUGUGUAAUAAACGCUCUAUCUAGCUUACCUAGCAAAAGCUUGAAAGUGCGCUAGUAUGGACUUCUGGACAGACUUAGUUUUUGCACAUAACCUUGUACAAUCUUGCAGCAGAGGCCAGCCACAUAAGAUCUAUAUCUGGACUCUCUUGUAUUAUAGAAUUUUUCUUGUUCUGAAUAUCCUUGACAUUACAGCUGACAGAAACAAAAACUGGUAUUUCAGAUCUGUUUUCUGAAAUCUUUUAAGCUAACAAAUCCCAUGCAAGAACUGACUUUGCAGCUACUAAUUUUGACACCGUUUAGAUCUGUAUGAAAGUGUGUUGUGUUGAAGCAGCAAACCAGUGAGUGCUGCAUUUUGGAUAUUUAGUUUUAUCUUUAGUUGAGCACCACCCUGGUGUAUUCAUUUAUACCAUCUAAUAUAUGACACACUGUUGUAGUAUGUAUAAUUUUGUGACCUUUAUUUCCCUUUGUAUUCAUUUUAAGCAUCUCAAUAAAUUGCUGUAUUGUGCUUAAUGUAAA